CUCUUGAUUACCUUUACCUUCCAUUGAUUCUCUACCUAAGUAUCCAUUCUAUCUCUUUAUACCUCGAAAUCCUUGCUAAACUUGCAUAUGUUCAUCCAUCUACUCUACGCCCCCGACAUCGAGACUCAAACUUCAUCGUCAACAUGGCCCGCAAUCGACCGAGCUCACGGCGCCGACAUGUUUGGCGAAAAGCUAGAGAGAUGGAAGAAAAGGGCCAAGCCGAGGCUGCCAGCGAUCCAGCUCAGGCCUCGACCACUGAAGCUGCCACCAGUGCUUCAGCUCAUGAUGCUAAAGACACGGCUGAUGAGACAAAGGCUCGUCCUUGUAAGCAUCGACAUCUUCCUGAUCGUCACUACUACUAUCGCGAGGAGAAGUUUGACCUUCGCUUUUUUACCCUUGAUCGACGUAUCAAUGAACGACUUGAUGACAAUAUUGCAAAGGGACGCGCUGCCAUAGAUGCAGAAUAUCAUCACCACACUGAGGAACUGCCCCGUGAACAUAAAAAGCUGUUAACCAAAGUGGAGAGGGAAGCAUAUAAGAUUCAACGCGGAUACCGAAUGGACAUCAGAAACACGGAAAGAGAAGUCGCCAGCCUCAAACGAAAAGUGGCUGAGAUGCAAGAGGAAAAUGAGGAUCUCCGGGAUGAAAUCAGGCGUGAACGUCGCCGCACUCGCCGCAUGAUGUUCCAGCGAUACGAUGACUCUUCGCAUGGCCAGGAGGCAGAGUGUGCAGAGUGAAGAUACAUGGAAUAUCUGGAAAUGGUGGAAGAAGCAUUGGUUGUGAUUGCCAGAAUGAGUGUUGGUGCAAGCCGGUAGACAUGGGAGAGCAGAGCAAGGCAAGGCAGUUUACAUUGUAUUGUAACCAACACAAGCCGAGAGGUGGCUAAGAUAUCUCAGAUACUUGCUAUUGAAUUCACC